AAUGAAAUGAGUAUUUUUAUUUAUGUGGACUGAGUAGUUAGUAUCACGAAGGUUUAUGCAAGAGAACCACACGGAAUGUUUAUGUCACCGUGACAGUUUCACAGUAUUUUAAUACAUUGCUCAAAUAGCUCACUUUCCAUUUGCGUAGUUUGUCGGGUUACUGUGUGAAGGAAGUCUACUACUACUAGGGAGCUACUACUAGGCUACCUAGUCAUCGUCACACCAAAGAUUACUCAACUCGCAUACUUGAUCAGAUCAAGUGGUUUGCCUGUUAGCAGUCGUCACUCUCACAGACUUACUAAUUUAUCGCCUAGCUAGGCUGUUGCCGACCUGUAUUCUUGCUUACGAAAAUGCAUAUGAGCUAUUACCUCUCGUCAACAGUAUACGACUUCUUUUUCAAAGGAGUCAACGUUACCACAACAUGGGGAAUGGUAUCACUCUGUCUUGGCCUCAUGUCGCUCUCUGUCGUGAUGGAAGGUUUCAAAGUAGCAAGAUCUCAACUUAUGAAGCUGUCUCAGUCCCGCAGAUUAGGAACCAGCCGAUAUGGCCCAUCAGAAAGGUCGCCUCUCAUUGUGUCACAGUCUGUUCUUGCCCGUAGAAAUGAAAAGCUGUUGUUUGGACGCAGGGUGAGAUUUCACAUACUUCAGACAUUUCUGCAUUUGAUACAUCUAACUAUUGGAUACCUUUUGAUGUUGGCUGUUAUGAGUUAUAAUGGCUAUUUUACAAUAGCUGUGGUUGGUGGUGCUGGCAUUGGUUACUAUUGCUUUUCGCUCUUUGAUCUCCCUGGCAAACUUCUUGGGACUGCAGCUCCAGCUCCAGCCAAAGUUGUUCCUGCAAGUGAAGAUUUUCUUCACCCAACAUCUGGUGACAAGACAGCUGCCUUACUUCCAGAAGGGAAAUGUGGGACUUGUCCUGAUGAAUGUUAAAAGCUUGAGACGAACUAAAAGAAAAGUCAGUCAUCGAAAAUAGAGGGCAUCAUGUAAAUAUCAGCAGGAUUGUAAAUUAUUCAAUAUCCUGAAGACUGUGAAAAGCUUGAGACUGAAACUUCAGUCUUAGUGAAAAUUGAAGACUGUAUUAUGGAAAUUUCAGCCAUUUGCAAAUCAUUUUGGUAUGCUGUUCACAUCCGUAGGAAGUUUGCACACCUUUGUUCAGAUAAAAAUGACUGAAUUACCAACAUGACUUCAUGAGAAAUUCCCUAUACAGUGUAGAAUACAGUCAUUUUAUUUUAAAACUCUGGAAGAAAUGCAUAUUUUCUAAUCUCAAUUUUUUGUAAAUAAAAAGCUUACUUAAAACAUAUGCAAGUCA